AUGUCUGCGGUAACUUCGCCACAAACUCCAAGUGCGCCCUCCCCUCGACAGGGAGGUCCCGGCAGUCGCCGAUACGACGCCGAUGCAACUAUUCUGCUGGUCGGAUUCAUUGGAGCAGGAAAAAAGACCUUGGGCUUCAUUGCUUCCGCUGCCCUCCGUCGGCGCUUCAUCGAUUUCGAAGAAUCCUUCCAGACCAAGUUCCAGUCAAGUCCUCAGGCAUUCGCUGCAGCCCAUGGAUUUGCACAAUAUCGAGAUGCCGAGGUCGCACUGUGUCAAGAGAUUCUUACAAAACACCAGACUGGUUGUGUCAUUGCUGGUCUCGGGGUCACGGCGAGUUUCCCUUCCUCGGGGGUACUGGCGACCUUCACACAACAACAUCCCGUCAUUUACGUACGAAGGGAUAAAUCAGACAUUCAACAAUUCAUCGGAGGUGAUCCAGCGAAGUUUGAGCGCAUAUUCGCAAUAGGAAAUGCGUUUUUCGAGUCCAUCUCCAACUUCGACUUCUUCAAUAUUACGCAGGAGGCGCCUCCUCGGGCGGAAAGCAACGCCCACCUGUCUCUCAAACUCAAGGAAAUCGAGCGUGUCUUCGUGGGCUUCUUGCGCCGCAUAUUCGGCAAGCCUGAGUUGCAGCUUUUCUCUGCCGAUGCUUUCUCUGAAUCUCACACUUAUGCCCUCCAACUUUCACUUUGUGAUCUUGAGGCAGAUGACUUCAAUCUGGAUGCUCUGGAUGCCGGGGCGGAUGCAAUCAAUGUCUUGCUAGAUCACCAAAGCUACUCCGAUGAAGGAAUCAUGAAUAGGCUUUCCCGCUAUAUGACGACUCUUCGAAAACACACUCGCGUUCCGAUCAUCAUUGAUGCCAGGAUGGAUGAACGGAAACCGCACACAGCCUAUCGGAAAUUCCUGGGGGAUAUGACACGUGUAGCUCCCGACGCUUUCACUCUCUCGACAGCAUGUUCAGAUAUCAGGAAGGAGAUCCAUUCCAUCAAAGGUCAUUCGACAAUGGUUGUCCUUCACAAUCACACAGAACCGUUGGGUGUUGGAAGCCCCGAUGCGUUGAUAACAUCCAUUCGCGCUUCGUUUGAUGACUCGAGCUUUGAGGCAUUUCAUCUGGUCGGUCAAAGUGCUGUCGCAGCAGAUACACUUUCAUGUGUUGCUCUCCGUCGGAAACUGAGAGAUAUAUUGAACAUCCCUGUCAUCGCAUAUAAUAAUGGUCCUGGGGAUCGAGCCUCAAAGAUUUUGAACCCCACUCUGUGCCCCUUGACUGUCCACUCUCACAUCACCGCCGAGCUUUCUAUGCAAGAAGCGCAACAUGCACUCACCUCGUUAUCUCUUUAUCCCAAGAAAAAAUUUGUGAUCGUUGGCCAGGACGUCCGGUUCAGUCUGUCGCCACCGAUGCACCAAAGUGGUUAUAACUCAGUCGGUCUUCCCCAUACCUACAUUCACCAAGAGGUCCAAGAUUUUCGUGAGAUCGAAGAAAUAUUCCGAUAUCCUUCAUUUGGAGGUAAUUUAGAUGGUAUCGCCAUUUCUCUGCCUUUCAAAACAGAUGUUUUACCACUGCUCGAUAGAAUCAGUCCGGAUGCUCAGGAUAUCAAAGCUGUAAAUACAGUGAUACUGGACCACCGCAUUGAGUCGGAUGGGGUAAGAACUCCAUUCUACCACGGAUACAACACAGACUACAUUGGCAUCAAGGAUUGUAUUUACUCCCACCUCUCCCCUGCUAACGCUAUCCGAGAGGGUAGUACAGCUCUGAUCAUAGGAGCCGGCGGCAUGGCCCGUGCCGCUGUAUAUGCUUGCUAUCAAUUAGGAGUCCGGCGUAUUUUGAUCUACAACAGAACGCUUUCAAAUGCACAAAGCUUGAUCCAGUACUUCCGGGAUUGGGCAAGAUCCAGGGAAGAUAAAAGUUUCCAUUUGGAUGUCAUUGAGUCCAUCAAUGAUCCAUGGCCUCCGAACUCUCGCUUCCCAACAAUUGUGGUAUCAUGUAUCCCUGGGAGGCAUCCUGACACUCACGCACCCGUCGAACUCCAGAUCUCCGAUCAAUGGCUCGAAAGCCGGACCGGUGGAGUCUAUGUUGAGGUUGGAUAUGGCCCGUUCAAGACCGUAUUGAUGGAGCAGCUGACCCCCUGGUCAAAUAAAGGAUGGGUCCUUGUUGAUGGAUUAAAAGUCUUGGUUAAACAGGGCAUUGCGCAGUAUGAACUGUUCACCCGCAGGCCAGCUCCCAUCCAUAUCAUGCGACGGGCAGUUCGAGAAGAAGCCCUCAAGCACGAAUAUUUCCACAUGUGGUAG